AUGGCAGGAGUGACUGUGAAAGCUUUACUUAUCACCGACUUGGACGGAAAACGCCUCUUUAGCAAAUUCUAUGACAAAGAAAUCCUCAAACCCAAACAGACGGACAUUGAGCUCCACGUCGCAAAGUCGACUACCUCAAAAGGGAAUAGUGAGCUCUUCUUGCUAGACAAGUACUUAGUGAUUUAUAAGAUCGUUUCGGAUCUUAUUAUAUCGAUUAUAACGGACGCCACAGAAAAUGAGUUAUUUGUCAACAAUGCCUUGUCAUGCAUUGUCGACACGUUUGGUAUUGUCUUUAGUUCAAAAGGAUUUGAUAAAAAGACUGCUUUAGAGUAUUUCGACAAAGUAGCUAUAACGGUUGAUGAAGUCAUAGAUGACGGAUUUAUUCUUGAUACCGACCCAGAAACAGUAGCCAAUAGAGUUAACCUGAAAGGGCUUGAAGGAAAUGAGUCGAUCAAUUUAUCAGACGCCACAAUCACUGAUGCUUUACACUUUGCUAAAGGCUCCCUCAUCAAUUUAUGGAGGGGGAAAUAA